AUGAACAUCGACAAUCACAGCCAUCACAGCACGGAUUUGCUUCUUUGGUUUUCGAAUGCUCCCAACCUCCAAAAACCACUUUUCGUCGUGUUCCUCCUCAUAUAUCUUUUCACUGUCGUUGGAAACUUUCUCAUCAUAAUGGUCACCUGCAUCAGCCGCGAACUGCACAAUCCCAUGUAUUACUUUAUCGGUAACCUGUCAUUCCUUGAUAUAUCGUACUCCUCCGUAACUCAACCUCAACUUCUUUCCCUACUCGUCGCGGGUCCAAGAGUCAUCUCAUUCCAAGCUUGUAUUACACAACUUUAUGUUUUUAUGUCUUUAGCUUGUACUGAAUUUCUUUCCUUGACAGCCAUGUCUUAUGACCGGUAUGUGGCCAUUUGCAAGCCAUUACAUUAUUCCACUUUAAUGAACAAAAAGGUGUUUUCACAGUUGGCAGCAACUUCAUGGGUGGUGGGAUUUCUGGAUCCCUUAGCGCACACAGUGGUCAUAUCUAAACUUCCUUUCUGUAGACCACGUGUCCUCAAUCAUUUUUACUGUGAUUUGUCAGCUUUAUUAAAUUUAUCCUGCGUUGAUAAGUUUUUUAUUGAAAUUAUGACUUAUGUUGUUGGCUCGGUAGUAGCACUUCCGGCCUUUUUACUUACUCUGAUCUCAUACGUUUUCAUCAUAUCUAGUAUCCUUCAAAUUACUUCUUCUGCUGGAAGACAGAAGGCCUUUUCCACAUGUGCGUCCCACUUAACUGUUGUCAUCCUGUUUUACGGGACUGUACUAGUCAUGCAUAUGAGACCUUCAUCCCAGAAUUUGCUUGCUCAGGACAAAUACUUGUCUGUGUUAUACACUGCCAUCAUUCCAAUGCUAAACCCUCUCAUCUAUAGCCUGAGGAACAAAGACGUAAAAAAAGCUUUGCUAAAAAUUACAACUGGCAAAAAAAAUUAG